CGCGGAGUGUGUCACUUUCAUAUCCAGCUGUUGUGACAUCUGCGCAUGUCGAGGACUCAAGAAAAUACUAUGUCACUACAUGAAAAUACAAUGGACCAACUGCCUGCAGAGAGAUCCCAGACCUCAGACAACAGACUGACCCACAGACUGUAUCCAUCACUGCCCAACAUAGACAGUGUUUUCAGGUAUGAUGGUUGUGUGGCGGACCCCGCCACUGGAGAAAAACCCCAUACAGCUGCAGUUACUCAUCCCGACAGUCUACAGGGAGACACUCAGUCAGAAGUUGGCGGCAGCAGUGACGUCAGAAUGAAAGCACAAAUACUUAUCUUAGAGGAGCAAAGACAGGAGCUUCUUUCUAUAAAUGAGAAAUGGGCGAGAGAGUACCGAACCAUGGUGCAGUACUACAAACAGAAGGUCCGAGACUUGAAAGAAAUACUGCAACAUAACAACUUAAAUGAGGACAUGCGGGAAAACGAAGACAGGGACGACACAUUACACAAGAAAGACAAAGAUAAAGAAAUGAAAUGGGGACAGUACACACAGACGGGUGACAAGCUACUAAAAGCAGAGAGGGAAGCAGAAGAGCUGCGAGCACAAAACAGCACUUUGACCCGAAGAGGGCAGCAUCAGCACGAAGAGAUCAGAAGACUGAACAAAGCUCUAGAGGAGGCGCUUCAGACGACUCAACCUCUCGAUGUGAGCAGUGAAACACUACAGGAUGUCUGGAAACAACAGGCUGAAGUCUACAAGGAAGACUUUCUGAAGGAGCGCAGGGACCGGGAGAAGCUUAAGGAGAAAUGUCUGGAACAAGACAGAAAGUUUAGGAAAGUUUACAAUGAGCUGCGUGUCCUCAAAUCUCAGGUGUCUCGGACUCGUCCUCCACAGCCUGCACUUGAAUGCUGCUGCACUAAUCAAGCCACAAACUGGGAAGUCCGCCAGAUUAACCAGAACCACAUCCAGCUUCAAAGACGCUACACUCUCAAUGACAAACCAUGAAGUUUCACGACCCCGCUGCUGUUUGUGUGAUAAUGUAUGUUGCACGUCUCGGGUCACAGUUCGUCAUUAGCAGAGUCAGACUUUGCUAUUUUAUCAGUCUGGACAACACCAGUUUUUGGCUGUCUGCUGCAGGUUUGGCUUCAGGUGGUCCUUGUCGUGGUCGUAUUGAGGCCGAUCCACUAGUCUGGGCCCAUUAGGUGACAAUGGAAGCAUAAAAAGACUCUUAAACAACCGGUGAAAUAGAAAUGUGACCCUCCGGUUUAAUCACUUUCCUCAAGAGGAGAAAAGCAGCAAAGACUGAAAUAAAAUACACAACUCAUUGCGUGCGAAGUUUGCACUGAAAGCUUGUUUAGUUCCCCUCGUGACAGAGGUCCUCAGGGAGAUAUCAUAUAUUGCACUGCUCAAACACUAGUGAUUUUAUUAAAAAUGCAACAUGAAUGAGGGAUCUUCCUGUUUCAAGUGCCUGUAACCACAGAGUGCCAAGUGCAACAGGAAAAUCCGAGCAGCGUCAUCAUUGUGGUCUGCUUUGACAACAGAGAAUUUUGAAAAGACGAACACGGGCACACCCUCGUCUGGCAGGAGGAAUUAAAAUGCCAGCGAUGACGAGAGCUGUAACUUUGUCUGACUCAUCAUAAAGCACCGCUGUGGUAUGCACACACAUCACCAUGUCGCAGACUAUCUCUGUGAAAGAGCGUCUUCUUGUUGCAGAAAUUCGUUCAGUAUUAGUUUACUUGCAGCUGA